AUGAGCGGGGGCCGUUUUGACUUUGACGAUGGAGGGGCGUACUGCGGGGGCUGGGAGGGGGGCAAGGCCCACGGGCAUGGGCUGUGCACCGGCCCCAAGGGCCAGGGCGAAUACUCGGGCUCCUGGAACUUCGGCUUUGAAGUGGCGGGCGUCUACACCUGGCCCAGUGGGAACACCUUCGAGGGAUACUGGAGCCAGGGCAAACGGCACGGGCUGGGCAUAGAGACCAAGGGGCGCUGGCUCUACAAGGGGGAGUGGACCCACGGCUUCAAGGGGCGCUACGGAACCCGGCAGAGCACCAGCAGCGGUGCCAAGUAUGAAGGGACCUGGAACAAUGGCUUGCAGGACGGCUAUGGCACCGAGACCUAUGCGGAUGGAGGGACGUACCAAGGUCAGUUCACCAACGGCAUGCGUCACGGCUACGGGGUGCGCCAGAGCGUGCCCUACGGGAUGGCGGUGGUGGUGCGCUCUCCGCUGCGCACGUCGCUCUCGUCCCUGCGCAGCGAGCACAGCAACGGCACGGUGGCCCCGGACACGCCCUCCUCCCCGCUCUCCUCCUCCGCCGCCGACGGCCCCGCGCUGUCGUCGCCCGCGAUCCCCCGCGGUGGCUUCGCGCUCAGCCUGCUGGCUAACGCCGACGGGGCGGCGGCGGCGGCGCGGGGUUGGUCCAAGGGCGGUGGCCUCUUCCAGCGGGGCGCGCUGCUGGGUAAACUGAGGCGCACCGAGUCUCGCGCGUCGCUGGGCAGCCAGCGCAGCCGGGUCAGCUUCCUGAAGAGCGACGUGAGCUCGGCGGCCAGCGACGCCGCGUCCACGGCCAGCCUGGGCGAGGGCGGCGGCGCCGAGGGUCCCGACGAAGCCGCGCCCUUCGAGGCCGACAUCGACGCCACCACCACCGAGACCUACAUGGGCGAGUGGAAGAACGACAAGCGCUCGGGCUUCGGCGUGAGCGAGCGCUCCAGCGGCCUCCGCUACGAGGGCGAGUGGCUGGACAACCUGCGCCACGGCUACGGCUGCACCACGCUGCCCGACGGGCACCGCGAGGAGGGCAAGUACCGCCACAACGUGCUGGUCAAGGGCACCAAGCGCCGCGUGCUGCCGCUCAAGAGCUCUAAGGUGCGCCAGAAGGUGGAGCACGGCGUGGAGGGAGCCCAGCGCGCCGCAGCCAUUGCGCGCCAGAAGGCCGAGAUCGCCGCCUCCAGGACAAGCCAUGCCAAGGCCAAGGCUGAGGCAGCAGAACAGGCCGCCAUAGCUGCCAACCAGGAGUCCAACAUUGCCCGAACGUUGGCCAGGGAGCUGGCUCCAGACUUCUACCAGCCAGGUCCGGAGUACCAGAAGCGCCGGCUGCUGCAGGAGAUCCUGGACAACUCGGAGAGCCUGCUGGAGCCCGGGCGGGGCGCGGGCGCGGGCGUCCUGCCGGGACGCCCCCGCGAGAGCCCGCAGCUGCACGAGCGCGAGACCCCGCGGCCGGGGGAGGCCGGCUCCCCGUCUCCCGCCGGGACGCCCCCGCAGCCCAAGCGGCCGCGGCCCGCGCAGUCCCAGGACGGUCUGCUGGCCCCGGGCGCGUGGAACGGCGAGCCGGGCGGCGAGGGCAGCGGGCCGCCGACGCCGGCCGAGGGCGCGGGUCGCCGCAGCCCCGCGCGGCCCUCCUCGGAGCUCAUGGCCAUCGAGGCGCUGCGGCCGCCGCCCGCGCCCGUGCCCGAGCCCGAGGUGGCCAUGUACCGCGGCUAUCACAGCUACGCCGUGCGCACCGGGCCGCCCGCGCCGCCGCCCCCGGACGACGAGCCCGAGCCCGAGCCCGAGCCCGAGGCGUCCGGCCCCGACUCCGCGCCGCCGUCCCCGGCCACCGCCCCGGAGCAGACCCCCGCGCCCCAGACGCCCUCCAAGCUAGAGCCCAAGCCCAUCGUCCCCAGGGCCGAGCCCAAGGCCAAGGCCCGCAAGACCGAGGCUCGCGGGCUGACCAAGGCGGGCGCCAAGAAGAAGGCCCGGAAGGAGGCGGCGCUGGCGGCCGAGGCCGAGGUGGAGGUGGAGGAGGUGCCCAACACGGUCCUCAUCUGCAUGGUGAUCCUUCUCAACAUCGGCUUGGCCAUUCUGUUUGUUCACCUGCUGACUUGACCCUCGUCUACCAGAGCCAGGACUUUCACCUAGGAUGCCAGGACCCAUCUUUCUGCAAAGCCAAGCGGGCGACCAAGGAGGAGCGGACUGGACCAUGGACCCGAAGAAGCCCUGGGCCCUGCUCACAGCCACGCCUUAAGCAGGCCUCCUGUGGGCCCAUGCUGGCUGCCAGCGUGCCAGAGGAAGAGAAUGCCUGGUCUCUCUCAGGAGCCCUCUGCCCAGGAGGGAAGAGCCUUGUUCUCCUGAGCAUCCUGACCUGCUCCCGCCCCCCUCUUCACCCCUCCCUGGGCUUUUGUGUGUUUUAAGAGAAGUCACCUAGGCAAGAUAUUAAUAUUAAAUCUCUUUCUGUUUCCCCCUCCCCCACCCCCACUUUAGCCCUUUGGCUAGUGGCUUAAGGAUACCCGGGAAACUGAGGGGAUGCAGUCCUACCCAGGCCAAGCUGUCCCUCAUUUUCAGAUGAUCUGGAGAGCAGCAGGGGAAGUGGGCAAGCUCACAUGAACAUCCAAGCAGGCCGUGUUCUGCUGCCAGUCCCAGUUGGCAUCCCCUUUGGACCAGCAGCAGGGGAGAGCUGAGCAACUGGAGCCUCUGGCUGGGAAGCCACCAAGCAGGGGCCCAGGUUGGGGUUGGGGUGGGAAGAAAGCAAGGCAUGGUGGUAAUGGCCCCUGAUUUUGAGUGUGUCUGAGCCUGAACCUCGGGAUGCAUUUUUUGGUGAUGCUGGUGUGGCCUGGGUCAUUGCGCAGGAGCCCCGGGGCAUGAAAAUGACAGCUACUGUGAUACACAUACUAUGAAUUGGUUUGUCCCCAUUCCCCACCAACGCCUCUGCAGACUCAGGGAAGCAUGGCAUGGAAGCCCAGCCAGAGAGGCUCAGGUCUGGGCUCCCGAUGGGGGCAGCCUGCCUGUGCAGUGAUCAUGAGCCUGCAGUAUGCUUGGCAGACGGUGAUAUCUGCAUACACAUCACUUAAUGAUGUGUGCACCACACCGAGUGUCUGGGCCCUUGGCUUUACCGGGUGUGAUGUGAGGGCCCAGGGCUUGUGGUUGGUUCCCUGCCCCAAGGAGUGGGGGAAGGACAGGGCUUCCAGGCUCCCCCAGCCUGGGGAAGUGGGUGUCGCUACCAGCCAAGGGAGCUGCUGCAGAUCUGCCCUCGUUUCUCUAGACCUCUGGGAUUUGGGCGUGGUAGCCAGGCCUCCCUGCAGGGCAACGUGGAACCUGGGUGUUUGGAGUCAUCUUUCCUCCCUCCCAUCCCCGGCUCAGUACUUGGGAACCUUCCCUUCCAGCUUCACACUCACUGUUUCCAGCCCUGCCGGGGCCUGGCGGCUUGGCUGGAACUCUGACCUGCAGAGAGACGCCCGCAGCUGCUCCUGUCCCCGCCAGCGUGGGCAUGGCUCUGCCUCUGUGCUUGGGCUUUCUGGACUCUGGAACGAGGGGGUGGGUGGGAGAUGCUCAAGGGCUUCAGACCUCGGCUCACGUCACUGUGCUGGUGUGAGUGUCUGGUCCAGGGCCGGGGACGAGCCUGUGCCUAUCAGAAGUACCGGGGAUGAUGGCUUGGGGUGAGGAGGGUUCAGGAAGCUGAGUCUGUACAAUAAUAAACCCGCAUCUGCUCACA